AUGCAUUGCAUCCUAUUUGACCUACGGCGGCGCUCCUGCUGCAGAAAGGGAGUGAACACUAUUGCAGACUCGGCUGGAACCUUGGGGUGCUGGCUGAAGGAGGUGAAGUCACUUCUGAAUAUAAAACCUUUGGCCUCUUGUUUCCUCCUUGGGAACCUGGCUUUUGCCUUCUGUCUGCCUUUGGUUGAUACUUUACCAAAAACUCUGGCCAUUCCUAAGGUACUACAAGAAGCUGUGGGGAGAGUGAUUGUAAAUGCUUCCACCUGCAGUGUCACCUGUGGCCUGGGCUACAAGGAGGAGACUAUCUGCGAGGUGGGCCCUGAUGGAGUGAGACGUAAGUGCAAAUCCCAACGCCUGCAGUGUCUGACCAGCUGGAUUUGUGGGAUGCAACACUUUACCACAUUCUCUGGGAGGGAGUUUGAGCUGAGCUGCUUGAGCGCUGAUGUCCCAGAGGGGCAAAAGGCAUACCGUGUCACCUGGAGGCUAGCACGGGGCAUCAUCUCCACUGACGACGAGGUCUUCAGGCCCUUCCGUGUCCACUCCUACUUUGUGAAAUUUCAUUCUGUGCAUGAGUUUGACUCUGGCACCUACCGGUGUGAUGUACAACUCGUAAAGAACUUGAAACUGGUCAAGAGGCUCUACUUUGGGCUGAGGGUGCUUCCCCCUGACUUGGUGAACUUAAAUUUCCAUCAGUCCCUUACAGAGAAUCAGAAGUUAGUAGAUAUGGGCCUAGAUAUGGCCUUGGACAACAUUUCCAGGCCUUCCCAGCCCCCAUGGAAGCAGAAAGUAGUCAUGGCUUUGGGGCUAGGAGUUCCCAGUGGUGUGGCUGGUGGCUUAUUGUUGAUCAUAUUCUUCUGCAGGUGGCUCGGGGUGGGGGGUGGGGGUGUCUUCUGCUGUCUGGGCUCUGAGGGGUUGACUGCCUCUGAUGCCAAAUGAAUUUGGCAGUGCUCUGGCAAUAUAGUCAUGACUUCCUGAAGACUCCU